AUGCGGACCCCCACAGAGACCGUUGGGCAGGGGCUCGAGGUUCCAAGCGGCCAUUUAUUUUUUCCCCAGAACAAGCUUCUACCCCGCUGGUUACAACAACAGAAAUCAACACUACAACUGCAGCCCGACAACUUCCAAAGUCACGCUUCUCUGCACUCCACUUUCGAACCGGUAACCUCAUCUUUUGGAGUCUCGUCAAACCAGAAAGAAUGCAUGCUGCAAUACCGAGGUAUACAUCUCGUGGAGGACGUCUCAAGCCAAUCAACCAAGACAACCAUGGAGACUGAUGAAUUUCAGGAAGAGCCGUUGGCAUUUCCGGAUGAAGAUUCCGGAUCAGCAUAUGAACUUUCAAAAAACGACCGAGCUUUGUCACAAGACGGGAGUCCUUUGCGGUCCCGAGCUACCAAAUUCAGGAGAUCGGAAAGUCAUGCAAGUCGUGCAAGAGCAACCUCUAGUCUGUCUCGCUCACGCGCCAAUUCAUCGCCGGAGAGGGAAUUAUCUUUAACCCCCGGAGAGGAGGAGCGUCUGAACGCGCAAAUUCGAGAAGACGCAAUUCGAUGGGCAGCAAAUUUUCAGGAGCCUCAAUCACCAAGUGAAAUCAAAACUCCUCCUAGAAAUCUCGCCACUAGUCGCAAGAGAAAACCUAGACAGUCGCCUGGGGCUGGGGUUGAGCUCAGAGCUAAACGUUUAAAAGUUUACUGGAACAACGAUUACCGCGAAUCACUUAACAAUGAAAUUCUUGAUACAGUGAGGACAACCAAUGCAGAAACUGUACCUCUUCUUCCAGCUAGUCAGAUAGGGGCAUCAAUAUGGACCUCAGAGGAGAAAAGCAUUUUCUUCGAUUCUUUGGCUCGGCUUGGAAAAGGAAACGUGCGUGGCAUCGCAAAGCAGAUUCGAACCAAAUCUAUUCUUGAAACUGAUGAGUACCUACGACUUCUGCAUCAAAGCUCCGUAGAAAGAGUAAUGAAAUCCGAUACCGAGCUCAAGCUUUGGUUGAGUAUGCCUACUGCAAUUGAGCUCAGCAAUGAAUGUACCGAGAUCCUCGAGCGAGCAGGGGAUUCUCUUGCCAUCAAACAGCAGCAAAUGGAGAGGGUUACCGAAGAAGAAAAGUGGGGAGCAGCAUGGUUGAUUGACGAGUCCAUCAGCAAACGACUCAGUAAACAUAACCCAGGAGGGAAGAAAGCAAGCGCGUUUGAUGAAGUUCUUCCAGCCGCCAAUCUCUUUAAUCUCAGGAACUGGGUCGAGUUAUCAAGCAAGGUAUUCAUGAACCCGGCUGAGCCAUACGAAGAGAAUAAUUGGCACAAUGUAGCUGACGUUGGUGAAACUCCCGCUAUUCGAGCAACGGCGAUGGAGGAUUUCCACUCUCUCGCUGUUAGUGUCACGAAACGAUUGAUUUCAACGACAUUUUUCUGCACUAUGUCAAGAGAGCGAGCUCUGGCUUCCAAAAAAGUCAAACACGGAAACGUAACGAUAGAUGAUGUGGAAGCAGCUGUACGAAUUCUUGGGAUGAAAUCAGAUAGUCACGAAUUUUGGUUAAACUGCGCGAGAAGAUGCAAACUGCAAGUAAUCGAUGAAAACGACAAAGGCAGGGAAGAAUCCAUGACAUACGAAGAUGUGGAAGAAGAAAUGAGAGCCCGCCGCCAGCGCUCAUCCCGCUCCCGCUCUCGGUCCAGGAGUCAUUCAGUUCACUCGAGGGUCCCUGAGCCUAGUCCCACACCUUCAAGUGCCUCAGACGUAUCAAUCCGUGAACUCGAAGAAGACAUUCUUAUCCCUUCAAGGGAGAGAGACUCGGACGAAGAGUCAGAUCUUUCAGACAGUGACACAACAACCUACCAAGAAUCAACCGCAAGACGCUCCCUGGCCCGACAAGAAGAUGAGAAAAAACAAGAUCUCUAUAUCAAUGAAUGCGAUAUCGAAGCCAGCAAAGCUGCAGAACUAGAACUAUGGACGCUCCUUGGGCAAGAACCACCAUUGGAACUGAAUCUUGAUGAGGUCCUUGAACCGAUGAAUACCCCGACUAGUCAGAGGAUUUGGGAGGAUGAUACUGGAAAUUGGAGGGAGAAUGUUGAGUAUUGGAGUUCGUGGGAGGUGUUUGACCGUCCUGUUCCCAAGGAGAAUUUUGAGAAAAAUAGGAAGAAGAUUUCGAAGAGGGCGAGGAGGAUUGCUGAGGCUGAGGAGGAGAGUAGCGAUGAUGGGGUCUCUGAUGGCGAGGACAUGCAGGUUGACGAAGAGAGUGCCCAGGAAGAAGUUGACCAUCCACCAGUUAACCUCGACCCCGAAGCAAACUCCGACCAACCAGACGACGAAGAAGAAACCUCAGAAUCGCAACCGUCCAACCCCCCAGAGCAUGACGAAGAAACAGACGAGGACAUCCCAUCCCCUCACCCCACCCACUCCACACAAAACAACUCGCCUCAACCUCAAGAAGAAGAAGAGGAAGAACCACCCUCCGACUCACCCUCAGAAAGCGAGAGUCCCAACCCCCUCCCCUCUCCUUUCAAACACCGCGCGCACUCCGAGUCUUCAAGUCCCCAACCAGAAGGCUCCCUGCAAUCCUCCAUAGAAGGAGAUGUAGAUGUACUUAUUAAAUCAGAGGAGGAAUGA